CUCUCUGAACGACUUGGUCUCUUGUCUGAGCUGCAGCGCAAGAUCAAUCGCUCUCCGAACCCGUCUCACUCUCAGUCGCGCUUACCAACGCUACCAGAUAGCACACAUACACCUCGCACGCGCUGACAUGACUACCCGCCAGGCAACGCACGCUGGUUCUUGGUACACUUCCAGCAGAUCUCAACUUGACAGCUCGCUCAACGGCUGGCUACAAGCUGUGAAGCCAUCCGAGAUCCCUCCGAGAGGAGUCAGUGCUGCGGAUGUGGACGUAGAUGGUCAGCUCGGCUACAAGAGGACACAACAAGCUGGGGGCGAUGCAGAGAAGUUGAGCUUGCCGGUGGAUGGCUGCAGAGCUGUGAUAGCACCACAUGCUGGUUACUCAUACUCUGGACCAGCCGCUGCUUGGGCGUAUGCUACUAUCGAUCCCGAGAAGCACAAGCGCAUCUUCAUCCUCGGCCCCUCCCACCACCACUACCUGUCGGGCUGCGCUCUAAGCAAAUGUCAGAAGUACGCGACCCCCAUAGGUGACCUACCUUUGGACCUCGAUACCAUUGGUGAACUGCGGAGGACGGGAGAGUUUGAAGACAUGUCUCUUUCGACCGACGAGGACGAGCACAGCAUCGAGAUGCAUUUGCCAUACGUGCGCAAAAUUUGGCAACAGGCAGAAAUUAAGAUCGUGCCGAUUCUGGUGGGAUCCACGAAUGUCAACGCCGAGACCAAGUACGGUAGACUCCUGGCGCCGUAUCUCGCUGAUCCUGAGACUUUUGUCGUCGUCAGCUCGGACUUUUGUCACUGGGGCUCGCGCUUUCGCUACACCCACUACCACGCUCCUCCGGCAGCGCCCACGCAAUUGCGAAGCUCAUCUACCGUCGCUACCACUACGCCAAUCCACAUGUCCAUUCGGGCACUUGAUGCCGAAGGAAUGUCCUGCAUUUCCUUUCCAAGCCCGGCACCGUUCCUGGGCUCCAAUGAAAGCAACACACCGACUCAGCGCGAAGUCGUCCCGGAUGCGAAAUCUGCCAGCGAGGCCAGGAACGUUUGGAACGACUAUCUGGAGGCCCACCAGAACACAAUAUGCGGGAGGCAUCCCAUUGGCGUGCUAUUAGCUGCACUUGAAGAGCUACAAAGGAGCGGACACUCCUCAGAGUGUCGUUUCACGCGAUACGAGCAAAGUUCUCAGUGUCUGACCGCCCGAGAUAGCAGCGUCUCAUACGCCAGCGCCUUCAUUCGCAUUCAUUCAGCUUCAUCAUGAGGCGCGCACUUCGACUCGCAGCUGAUUAUCCGGACUUUCCAACACCGCUGAGCAAUCAUAGCUGGGCGUCUACAAGCAAAGUGGAAAUUCGCACCAGCAUCGGAAUAUGACGGGCAUGGGAAGGAAGCAUAGCCUCUGGCCGUCGCCACAGGGGGAAUACAAGCGUUUGUGCUUUCGGAGUGCAAAUCCGGCGCUGUUUCAUUGGAUGUGCGGACCGCCGCUCACUGUCGCACGCCGAGUUUGGACACGGAUAUACAAGCACAACAUGGCCCCACAGAUGGACUCUUGAAUUGAUUCUUUGGCGUACAAAGCCCUCAGCCGAGGGACAGCAACGACGGACAUGGAAUCGGAAAUUUUCUACAUGGCCGCUCAGCACUCAUGAUGACCCUUUGCCCACGGCGCAGGACGGUACAGAGCGUUCGGCGCAGCCAGGCAUGCAACACACUAUUCAACCAUAUAGUCUUUCGU